UUUGAAAAUGAAAGUGAAAGUUGCAUCAAUUGGCAGUCACACAUUUACAUUACCACGGUAAAAUGUUGACGUUUUGUCCAACAUGUGCAAAUGUCCUGGUGGUUGAAGAAGGACAGAAUUGUUACCGGUUUGCGUGUAACACGUGCCCUUAUGUCCAAAACAUUCAAAGAAAGAUAGCAUCCAGAAAGUAUCCCAAGCUGAAGGAGGUGGACGAUGUGCUAGGUGGAGCUGCUGCCUGGGAAAAUGUCGACUCCACAGAAGAAACAUGUCCAAAGUGUAGCCACAACAGAGCCUUCUUCAUGCAGAUCCAGACCCGGUCAGCUGAUGAGCCAAUGACAACGUUCUACAAGUGUUGUAACAUGGCGUGCGCUCACCGGUGGAGAGACUGAAUACUGUGUCAGUGUUGUGAUGGACUGAGAACUCAAACAUGCUUCAUAGACAUUGGAGAGAGUGAUUCACAGAGCUGAAGACUCUAUCUGUUGUCUUAAUCUAACUCCAGAUUGUCUUUACAUGUGCUUUGUACCUUAAACUGUCAUUGUGUUGACCUGUUUUAAGCAGAAAAAAUCUUCACAGUGCUAUUAGUGUCCUGCACAUACUGUUAAAUACAGGUCCAGGAAAAUAAACACAAUAGAGACAGGUUGUGUUUCUGGGCUAUUUAUCAUGUAUUUGAACAGUCCACUAACUCCAGUUAUAAAAAAAGAGUCUUUUAUUCGUGCUUAAUGCUAUCCUGCCUCUCUAAGUACAUAUGUCCUACAUAAUUAGGGUUGCUUCUGAAAAUACACUGUUGAUUUUGCUUUGUUGUGUAAUAUUUUAUUUUGUUUAUCAUGAAGCAGGCACUUAGCUUGCAUAUUCAAAUGUAUCUCAAAGGUCAGUAUUUCUUAAGCAAGCUUAUGGCCUCAACUUUAUUUAUUCUAUAUUCCUUCUAGAGGAUGAACUCUUUAUCUAUAACACUAAUGUACUAGUACUAUAAUAUCAGUCUUUAAAAUUUCACAUUUCCUCACUUUAACCAGCCAGUUUUGAAAUUGAUUUGCAGUUGUUUGAACAUUAAUUUCAUUUCCCUCAUUUCACUGAGACCAUUUAUGGGAAUGUAUGACUGCAGUCCUGUUUUUCAGCAUUUGAUUUUACUAGUGGUGUGUAAGCAAAGCCUUACAAUAACAUUUAGGCAGUGGAGACAUGAUUAUCACGCCAGAGUAACGAAAUUGUGUUUUAUAGUUUUAGCUGACCAAUCAAUAAAUUAACAUCAUAGAAAUGUCAUGCUUGCCUGAAGUCAGAUUUAUCAGUUAAAUGCUUAGUUUCAUUACCUCUGUGUACAACACAAACUGUUUGUUCUAAUAUUUACAAACUUUUAUUGUGUUCAUUUCCUAGUUACAAAGUGUUAAGUUAAAAAACAAAAUUGUGCAUGGCAUGCUAUUCUGAAUGCUUUGAUAGAUUUUUUUUACUUUGUGCUGAAUUAAUCAGAAAUUGAUCAGUACUUUUACAAGUAAAUGUGCACCAAUA